CGGCGCGUGUCUGCUCUGCAGGUGUCGGCGACGGACCCGGACUGCGGCGUCAACGCGAUGGUCAACUACACGCUGGGCGAGGGCUUCGGGCGCGGCGGGCAGCUCGAGGUGCGCUCCGGCACCGGGGAGCUGUGCGUCGCCGGAGAGCUCGACUACGAGGCGCGCAGCUCGUUCGAGUUCCCCGUCAUCGCCACCGACAGGGGUGGGCUGAGCACGACCGCCAUGGUGAAGGUGCAGCUGACUGACGUGAACGACAACGUGCCCACGUUCUACCCGCGCACGUACAACGUGUCGCUGCCCGAGGGCGGCGGGGGCGGCGGCGGCGGCGUCGGCGUGUCGGCGUCGCAGCCCGUGGUGGCGGUCGUCGCCACCGACCCCGACUCGGGGAAGUUCGGCGCCGUGUCGUAUCGCAUCGUGGCGGGCGACGCCGCCGGACUCUUCCGCGUCGACAGGUCCACGGGCGAGAUCUUCGUCACGCAGCCUGGCAGGCUGGUGGCGCGCUCGCAGCACCGCAUCAACGUGUCGGCGACGGACGGCGGCGGGCUGCGCGCGCCGCACGACGCCGAGGUGUUCCUGAGCGUGAGCGACGCGUCGCAGCGGCCGCCCAUCUUCCAGCACCCGCGCUACACCUUCAGCGUGCGCGAGGACGCGCCGCGGCACUCCGUGGUCGGCUCCGUCAAGGCCAGCAGCAGCGACGUCGGUUCGCGCAGCUCGGUGCGGUACUCCAUCUACUCGGGCGACCCGGACGGCUACUUCAGCAUCGAGCCGGUGCUGGGCACCGUCGCCACGGCGGCGCCACUCGACCACGAGCUGCACCAGACGCUGCUGCUCAACGUGCAGGCCACCAGCGGGGACCCGCCCGUCUACGGCCACACGCAGGUGAACAUCGUGAUCGAGGACGUGAACGACAACGCGCCCGAGUUCGACUCGAGCACGGUGCGCAUCUCGGUGCCGGAGAGCCUGGGGCUGGGCGUGCCGCUGUACGCGGCGCACGCCAGGGACCGCGACACGGGCCGCAACGGCGCCGUGCGCUACCGCCUCGCGGGGGCGGCGCCGGGGGCGGGCGCGGGCGCGGGGGCGGGCUCGCCGGCGCAGCCGCUGUUCGCCAUCGAGCCGCGCCUCGGCCACCUGACGCUGGCGCGCCACCUCGACUACGAGACGGCGACGCGGCACGCCGUCGUGGUCGUGGCCACCGACUCGGGGGAGCCGCCGCUGUCCGCCUCGCUGAGCGUGCUGCUCGAGGUGCAGGACGUCAACGACAACCCGCCCGUCUUCGAGCGCGCCGAGUACGCCGUCUCCGUGCUCGAGUCGCUGCCCGUCAACUCGCAGGUGGUGCAGGUGACGGCCGUCGACCUGGACACGGGCAACAACGCCCGGCUCACCUACCGCCUGCUCGCCAACGGCACGGACCACGGCGCGCCCUUCGGCGUCUUCCCCAACAGCGGCUGGAUCUACCUGCGAGCGCCGCUCGACCGCGAGGCGCGCGACCGCUACCUGCUCACGGUGGCGGCCACGGACAACGGCUCGCCGGCCAGCUCGGCGACGACGCGCGUGCUGGUGACGGUGCUGGACGCCAACGACAACGAGCCGCGCUUCUCGCAGGACGCGUACCACUUCUCCGUGGAGGAGAACCUGCCGCGCGGCGCGCACGUCGGCCAGCUGAGCGCCGCCGACGCCGACCUGGGCGCCAACGCCGCCGUGCGCUACUACCUCAUCCCCGCCAACUCCAGCUUCCACGUCAACCCCGUCACCGGCGAGGUGGUGACGCGGGAGCCGCUGGACCGCGAGGCGCGCGCCUCGUACGAGCUGGUGGCGGAGGCGCGCGACCAGGGCGCGCCGGCGCGCAGCUCGCGCGUGGCGGUGCGCGUGCGCGUCGCCGACGUCAACGACUGCUCGCCCGAGCUGGUGGACCCGCGCGAGGACGUGGUGUCGGUGCGCGAGGAGCAGCCGCCCGGCACCGAGGUGGGCCGCGUGCGCGCCGUCGACCGCGACGACGGCGCCAACGCCUCCGUCACCUACUCGCUGCUCACGGGCCGCGACUCGGACGGCGCCGGCGUGUUCUCGGUGGACCCGGUCACGGGCGUGAUCCGCACGCGGGCCGUGCUCGACCACGAGGAGCGCGCCAUCUACCGGCUGGCCGUGGCCGCCACCGACGGGGGCAAGCCGCCGCGGCAGGCGGUGCGCCUGCUGCGCGUCGAGGUGCUGCACCUCAACGACAACAGGCCCACCUUCACCAGCUCCAGCCUCGUCUUCAGGGUGCGAGAGGACGUGCCGGUGGGUCACGUGGUGGGCACGGUGGCGCCGGCGGACGGGCAGCCCGCGGGUCCGCACGUCACGUACACGCUGAGCCAGGGCGCGCCGGGCGGCGGCGGCGGCGGCGGCGGCGGCUGCUUCGACAUGGACCGCGCCACCGGCGCCCUCGUCGUCGCCCGCCAGCUGGACCGCGAGACGCAGGCCGAGUACCGGCUCGAGGUGCGCGCGCUGGACACGUCGUCGAGCAACAACCCGCAGAGCUCGGCGGUGUCGGUGCGCGUCGAGGUGGUGGACGUGAACGACAACGCGCCGCGCUGGCCGCGCGACCCCGUCACCGUGCUGCUGUCCGAGGACGUGCCCGCCGGCUCGGCCGUCUGGAACCUGAGCGCCAGCGACGCCGACGCCGGCGCCAACGGCGAGCUCCGCUACUCGCUGGUGCGGCAGCUGCCCGCCGCCGCCGCCGCGCCCUCCUUCACCGUGGACGCUCUGACGGGCACGUUGACGCUGGAGCAGCCGCUGGACUACGAGGCGCUGCGCGAGUACACGCUCGUCAUCCGGGCCACCGACCAGGCCGCCAAUCGCUCCGAGCGCCUCGCCGCCACGGUGACGGCGCGCGUGGUGGUGCGCGACGCGAACGACAACAGCCCCGAGUUCGUGUCGCCGGCGGCGUCGGCGGCGGUGGCGGUGGCCGAGUCGGCGGCGGCGGGCGCGCUCGUGUGCCACGUGCUGGCCGUGGACCGCGACGCCGGCGACAACGGCCGCGUCUCCUACUCGCUGUCCGCCGGCGGCGGCGCGGGCGACGCCGACGCGGCCGCCGUGUUCGCGCUGGACCGCGACUCGGGCGCGCUGCGGCUGCGUCGGCCGCUCGCCUCGCUGCCCGCGGAGCGGCGCGCGCGCGGCUUCGCGCUCGACGUGACCGCCGCCGACGCCGGGUCGCCGCCGCGCGUCGCCCGCCGCCCGCUGCGCGUCGCCGUCGCCGCCGCGGGCCGCGCGCCGCCGCGCUUCCUGCGCGCCGCCUACGCCGCCAACGUGUCCGAGGACGCCGCCGUCGGCGCCUUCGUGGCCCGCGUCGCCGCGCGCGGCGGCGGCGGCGGCGGCGGCAACGUGACGUACGAGAUCCCGGCGGGCGUGGCCGACGACCGGUUCGCGGUGGACGCCCGCACGGGCGUGGUGCGGCUGCGCGCCGCGCUCGACCGCGAGCAGCGCGCCUCGUACACGCUGCCCGUGUACGCGUCGGCGGCGGCGCCGGGGGCGGCGGGGGCGGCGGCCGGCGGCGGCGCGCGCCACGGCGCGCUCUUCGACGUGGCCACGCUGCGCGUCUACGUCACCGACGUCAACGACCACGCGCCCGAGUUCUCGGCGGGCGCCUGCUACCCGCUGUCCGUGCCCGAGAACAGCGAGCUCGCCGCCAUCCACACCGUCGUCGCCUUCGACCGCGACGAGGGGCCCAAUGCCCGCAUCACCUACUCCAUCACCGGCGGCAACGCGGGCAACCGCUUCAGCGUGGACUCGCAGACGGGGCAGCUGGUGGCGCGGCCGCUGGACCGCGAGGCGCAGGCGCGCUACUGGCUGACGCUGGCGGCGCAUGACGGCGGCCGGCCGGCGCUGUCGGCCGCCUGCAACAUCUCCGUGUCCGUCGAGGACCUCAACGACAACGACCCGCGCUUCUCGCAGCCGCGCUACGACGCCGCGCUGGCCGAGGACGCGCCGCCGGGCACCGCCGUGCUCACCGUGGCCGCCGCCGACGCAGACCUGGGCGCCAACGGCCGCGUCUCCUACUCGCUCGCCAACGAGAGCCACUGGCUCUUCCGCAUCGACAACCGCACCGGCGUCAUCUCCACGGCAGGGUUGUUCGACUACGAGCGGCAGCGCUCGUACAGCUUCCAAGUGGUGGCCACCGACGGCGGCCGCUACGACGCGCGCUCGACGCGCGUGCCCGUCACGGUGUCGGUGAGCGACGUGAACGACAACGCGCCCGCCUUCACCAGCCACCCCUUCACGGCCGUCGUGCCCGCCUACACGCAGCCGGGCCACGUCGUGGUGCGGCUCACCGCCGAGGACGCCGACGCCGGAGCCAACGGAGAGGUCGUCUUCGGGUUCGCGGGCGCCCCGCCGGCCAAGUUCCGCGUGAACCCCAACACGGGCGUGGUGACGGCGGCCGACAGCCUGGCGGGGGACGCGGGCCGCCUGCUGCAGCUGCACGUGCUGGCGCGCGACAAGGGCAACCCGCCGCGCUCCAGCGCCGGCCUCGUCGAGGUGCGCGUCGCCGACGCCCACGGCGCCGCCGCCGCCGAGCCGCCCAGCCUGCGCUUCCACAACGCCUCCUACUACGCCUCCGUCGUCGAGAACGCCGCCCCCGGCACCGAGGUCGUGCAGGUGUCGGCGGUGCGCGCGGACGGCCGGCGGCACAACAUCGCGUUCAGCCUGGCGGCCGGCAACGAGGACGGCGCCUUCGCGGUGGACGCCGGGUCGGGCGCGGUGGUGGUGCGCGACCCGGCGGGGCUGGACUUCGAGGCGCGGUCGCCGGCCGAGCGGCGGCUCGUGGUGGCGGCGCGCUCCGAGGCGCACGCCGCCUACUGCCCGCUGGUGGUGGCGCUGCGCGACGCCAACGACAACGAGCCGCGCUUCACGCAGCCGCAGUACUGGGCCGCCGUCUGGGAGGGCAACUCCAAGGGCACCUUCGUCGUCCAGGUGUCGGCGACGGACGCGGACAGCGGCGCCAACGGGCAGCUGCAGUACCACAUCGCCGACGGCAACCACGACAACGCGUUCGUCAUCGAGCCGGCCUUCUCGGGCGUCGUCAAGACGAACAUCGUGCUGGACCGCGAGAUCCGCGACGCCUACCGGCUGACGGUGAUCGCGACGGACGGCGGCUCUCCGCAGCUCACCGGCACCGCCACCAUCCGCGUCGCCGUCGUCGACGUCAACGACAACCAGCCCACCUUCCCGCCGCACAGCGUCAUCACCGUCAGCGAAGGCACGGAAGUGGGCGCGGUGCUGACGGCGGUGACGGCCAACGACGUGGACACGAACCCGCCGCUGACGUACAGCCUGGAGGAGCAGCCGGGCGCCGAGGGCUUCUUCAGCGUGGACCGGUUCAGCGGGCGCGUCACGCUCGUGCGCCGCCUCGACUUCGAGCAGCGGCGGCAGUUCCGGCUGCGCGUCGCCGCCUCCGACACGGCGCACCGCGCCGCCACCACGCUCACCGUCUCCGUGUCCGACGUCAACGACAACGCGCCCGUCUUCUCGCGCGCCCACUACGAGGCCACGCUGCCCGACGUGAGCGAGCCGUCGCGCGCGCUGCUGACGCUGGCCGCGACGGACGCGGACUCCGGGCAGAACGCGGCGGUGCGCUUCUCGCUGGCGGCGGCGGCGGCGGCGCGCGGCUUCUCGGUGGACGAGGCGCGCGGCACGCUGUACGCCAACGGCAGCGCGGCGCCCGCGGCGCCACACGUCACGCUGCUCGUGGCCGCCACCGACGCCGGCCGGCCGCCGCUGUCCGCCGUCGCCGCCGUGCGCGUCAGCAUCUCGCGCGGCCCCGGCGGCGGCCCGCGCUUCGCCCAGGACGAGUACCGGGUCCACGUUCGGGAGGACGCGCCGGCCGGGACGACGGUGGCGCGGGUCGCCCCGCCAGAGGGCGCCUCCAGCGUCGUCUUCUCCAUCGUCGACGGCGACGAGGACGGCGUCUUCCACGUCACCAGUCCGAGCGGCGACGUGGUGCUGCUCAAGAGGCUGGACCGCGAGUCGGUCGACUCGUACUCGCUGCGCGUGGCGGCGGGAGAGCGCGGCGCGGCCUCCGAGAACGGCACGGAGGCGGGCGCGUCGGUGCUGGUGCUGGUGGCGGUGGACGACGCCAACGACAACGCGCCCGAGUUCGGCGGCACGGACGCGCGCGGCGGCUACGAGGCGUCGGUGAGCGAGGCGGCGCCCGUGGGCCGGCCGGUGGUGCGCGUGCGCGCCGCCGACGCCGACCAGGCGGGCGGCCCCAACGCAGACCUCACGUUCGAGAUCACGUCGGGCGACGACGCCGGCCUGUUCGCGCUGGACGCGCGCUCCGGCGAGCUCACCGUCCAGCGGCCGCUCGACUACGACGUCGGACCCGCCGUCUACAACCUGGUGGUGCGCGUGACGGACGGCGCGCGGCCGCCGCUGGACGCGCCGCUGUCGACGCUGGCGCCGGUGCGCGUCGUGCUGCUGGACGAGAACGACAACGAGCCGCGCUUCCCCGUGGCCGAGUACCUCGAGUUCGUGGCCGAGAACGAGCCGGCGGGCACGGCCGUGUUCACGGCGCGCGCCACCGACCUGGACCGCGGCGAGUUCGGCCGGCUCAACUACUCGCUGGCGGGCGCGCCCGACGACGCGGGCCGCCUCUUCCGCGUGGACGCGGCCACGGGCCUGGUGACGGCGGCGGCGGCGUUCGACUACGAGGCGCGCAGCAGGUACGCCUUCUCGCUGCGCGCCACCGACCGCGGCGGCAAGGCGGCGACGGUGCGCGUGCGCGUCGAGGUGGAGUCGCGCGACGAGUUCCACCCGCAGUUCACGGAGCGCACGUACCGCUUCGCGCUGCCCGCCGGCCGCCUGCCCGUCGGCUACGUGGUGGGCCACGUGGCGGCCACCGACCGCGACAAGGGCCCCGACGGCCGCGUCGUCUACCAGCUGACGACGCAGCACCCCUACUUCAAGGUGAACCGCACGACGGGCGCCGUCACGCUCAAGAAGAAGCUGGACGACGCGGCGGCGGCGCUCGAGGCGGGCCGCGACAUCAGCCUCGUGGUGACGGCCAGCUCGGGCCGCCAGGGCUCGCUCACCAACAUGACCGUCGUCGAGAUCGCGCUCGACCCGCGCGCCGCCGACGUCGACGCCGACCUGGCGACGCCGGUGGCGGGCGGCGGAGGCGGCGCGGACGCCGGGGGCGGCGCGGCCGACGGCGGCGGCGGCGGCAGCGGCAGCGACGCGGCCGUGUCAGCGGCGGCGGGCGGGCUGGCCGACUGGGCGCUCGGGCUGCUCAUCGCGCUCGUGCUGCUCGUGCUCGCCUUCGGCGCCGUCUUCCUCUUCCUGCACGUCCGCAACAGGAGGCACAAGAAGGUGAACAAGCCGGCGCUGAGCGGCGGCGCCAGCGUGGGCGGCAGCGCCGACGGCUUCGUGGACCCGAGCGCGUUCGACACCAUCCCGAUCCGCGGCAGCGGCGCCGGGGGCGGCGGCGGCGCGGGCGGCGUCGUGCAGGGGCCGGCGUCCCCGUUCGGGCCGCCCAAGUACGACGAAAUCCCGCCGUACGUGGGCGCCGUCGGCGUCGGAGUCGGCCCCGUCGUCCACCGGAACAACAACAACUCGGCGAGCUCCAAUUCGGGCGCGGCGACCACCUCGGAGCUGUCGGGCUCGGAGCAGUCCGGGUCGAGCGGGCGCGGGUCCGCCGAGGACGGCGAGGACGUGGAGGACGAGGAGAUCCGCAUGAUCAACGAGGGGCCGCUGCAGAGGGACUCCGGCAUCCACCACAGGCAGCCCGACGACGACAACCUGUCGGACGUGUCGGUGCACAACACGCAGGAGUACCUGGCGCGCCUCGGCAUCGUCGACACGGCGGCCAACACGGCCGGCGCCGCCUCGGCCUCGUCGCGACGCUGCUCCGACGCGCCGGUGGCGGCGGGCGGCGCGGCCGGCUCCGCCAAGGACGGCGGCGCCUCGGCGCUGCUGCACCACCAGGGCGUCGGCGUCGGCGUCGGCGUCGUGCCCAUCGACAUGUUCGACGAGGAGGCGGCCGGCGAAGCGGACAUCGCCAACCUCAUCUACGCCAAGCUGAACGACGUGGGCGGCGGCGCCGGUAGCGAGCGAGGCGGCGCCGGUGGACCCGGCGGCUCCGGAGCGGGCGGCGGCGGCGGCGGGGGCGGCGCCGCCUCGGAGGACGGGGGCGCGGGCUCGACGGCGGGCGCCGACCCCGUCAUGGUGAUGGGCGGCUUCGCCGGCACGCACCAGCCCUCCAUGACCGGCUCGCUCAGCUCCAUAGUGCACAGCGAGGAGGAGCUGACCGGCAGCUACAACUGGGACUACCUGCUGGACUGGGGGCCGCAGUACCAGCCGCUGGCGCACGUCUUCAGCGAAAUCGCGCGCCUCAAGGACGACACGGCGUCGGUACAGAGCACCAACAGCGGGGCGUCCGGCGGAGGCGGGGGCGGCGGCAGCAGCGGCGCGUCGCUGGGCGGCAAGUCGGGCGCCGGCUCGUCGGUGAGCAAGGCGCCGGCGCCGCCCCCUCCGCCGCCGCUGCUGACGUCGGUGGCGCCCCGCUCGAUAGCGGCGCCGGUGCUGGCGUCGCGGUCGGCGCAGGCGGGCGCGGGGGCGGGCGCGGGGGCGGCGGCGCAGGCGGCCGUGCCGGCGCACCACCAGCUGCUGCUGCUGCCGCGCUCGCCCAUCAGCCACGACGCCAGCGGCUCCGGCUUCAGCACGUCGGCCGCCAUGUCGCCCAGCUUCUCGCCGUCGCUGUCGCCGCUGGCCACGCGCUCGCCGUCCAUCUCGCCGCUGGUGACGCCCGGCGUGCCCACGGCGCACCACGUGGUGUCGCUGCCCCGCCAGCAGCCGCUGGCUCAGCCCCAGCGCGCCGCCGCCGCCGCCGCAGCCAUUUUAGAAUGA